CACGGGCUCCGGGGACCCGCGCCUCCGGAGUGCGGCUGUAGCUGAGUAGGUGUCACCAUGUCUUUGCAGGCUGAUUUUGAUAGGAUCACAAAAGAUGUGAGGAAGCUGAAAACAAGACCAGAUGAUGAAGAACUAAAAGAACUCUAUGGGCUCUACAAACAAUCUAUAGUUGGAGACAUUAAUAUUGAGUGUCCAGGAAUGUUAGAUUUAAAAGGCAAGGCUAAAUGGGAAGCAUGGAACCUCCAAAAAGGGCAGUCGAAGGAAGAUGCCAUGAGUGCCUAUGUAUCUAAAGCAAAAGAGCUGAUAGAAAAAUAUGGAAUUUAAAAUUCAGCUAUGAGAAGGUUUUUCUUUUGAGGUCUUCAUAAUGUUAUCAUGUCCUAUAUCUAGGGAAGAAAUGCACCGUUAACUCUACAUGUCACGAAUAUAUUUGCUCUUAACAUGAAUUGUAAUCCUUAAUUAGAGGUAUGCUGAAACUAUUUAAUGAAGUUUUACUUGCUAAAACCAGAUGAUUUUAAAAGUUCUUUUAAAAAAAAGUAUUGCUCUGGUAGUAUGUCACAAAAACAUUAACAAUAUUUUUUGGCUUAUCUGUUUUUCUACAUUGAGUUAGUAUUAUUGGUAUGUGAUCAAAACAGUUUACUAAGAACCAAUAACAAGUUUCUUCCUUUGUUGUACAUGUAGCUCUGGGAUUCUCACUGACUUGGGGACUUGGAAAUCAUAAACAUACCUGGUUUCAUUCCAUACUCUGUAAUUCUUUACUAGGUGACCAGAAACAAAUUACUUCAGCUUGCUAAACCUCAUCUAUAGAGUAGAGGGAAAAAUCAGUCUCACAGGGUUGGAAGAAUUGAAUGAUUCUUGAGGUAACUGAGAAUUGGUAAUUGAGGUAACUCUAAUGAUCCUACCUUCAAUUUAAAGCAUACAUUAUAUAAAACCUAACAACAAAUAAACUAAAAUUUUUAAAAAAUAAACUUAUGAGUCCAUGACUAUUCAAAGAAAGAAAAAAGCCAUCCACCCAUUAUUUUUCUUUAAAUUUUUACAUUUAAGACAGAAAAAUCAAAUGUAGUAUCUAGUGACAAUAAAACGUUCAACUACUGUGCCUCUUACAUUCAUUUUUAUCGGAGUGAAAAUGCAGAGUCUGGAAUAUCAUAGUGGCCUAGUCCUCAGUCUUUCUUGCUGCACACAGGUUCCCUGAAAGAACAUAGUCUUGUUUUAGCACGUCUAAAAUCUGUUUGAGAUCGCAUAGGGUAAAUAUCCUAAAAAACAGUGUACUUCUAUUCCCUGGAUAAGGGUUUGGGUUUGGUAUGCUGUGACCAGAGAGGGAUAGAUUGAUUUCAUGUGACUUAAAAAAAAUAUAUCUAUAUUGACUAGAUGAAUUUCCAGGGAAUUAUUCUGUGUGAAAAAAGCCAGUCCCAAAACAUUGUGCAGGGUAAUUUAUGUAACUUUCUUGAAAUGGCAAAGUUACAGACAUAGAGAACAGAAUAGUGAUUACCACAGAGGGCAGAAUAGGGAGGUAGGAGUGACUUGAAACCUCAGCAGGAGGGAUCCUGUGUGGAUGGAAUGUUCUGUCGCUUGACUGUGUCACUGGGAACAUCUGGCUGUUACAUUACACUGGGGUUUUGCACAAAUUACCAUUGGGGGAAACUGGGUAGUUCUAUAUUAUUUCUCACAACAAAAUGUGAAUCUACGGUUAUCUCCAAAUAAAAAGUUUCAUGAAAAACAAA